AUGGCAGAUGGACAAAUUACAGACAGUAAAAUAACUGCUUCUUCAGUACAAAGUGCUGGCAAACCAGCAAAGAAUGGUCGACUGAACUACACAUCAAGAUCAUCAUGGUGUGUAGGAACAAGUGACACCAACCCAUAUCUACAGAUUGAUCUACAGACACUUCAUAUCAUCUGUGCUGUGUCCACUCAAGGGAAUUCUCAAGCAGAUCAGUGGGUAAAGACCUACAAACUACAGUUAUCCACAGAUGGGACAACUUGGACAGACUACAAGGAAGGUAGACAAAUUAAGGUACCUGUAUGAGACAUACAUGCGGUGCAUACUUCAAGACAUCAUUUCUCAGAUAAUUAUUUUCUUGCACUCACUUAGAGCUGUGAGUAUUUCUGAAUAUGCAAUAAUGUUGAAGAGACUUAAUAGGAAUAUCAGCAAUGUAUGUUGAUUAUUCGUGACCUUUUUACUUCAAGAAAUCACAUUUUUGAGGAUGUAUAAGGAUUUAUUUCCUUUUCUUUUGAAGGUUCUAGAUGGAAAUCUUGACCGAAACUCAGAGGUUAAACAUGCUGUUUAUGGAGUGUUGACAAGAUAUCUCCGAUUUCUGCCUCAAACUCACCAGGUGGGGUGUGUAUGAGAACAGAGGUGUUUGGAGUGACUCAAAAGCCAAGUGAGUUUGAAAUGCAUUAAUUAUAAUAAAUAAAUUAAUCUUCAACCUAUUAGCUGGGUCAUUUUUGUAGCACUUGUUAUUCUGACUAAAUGAGCCUUAACCCUCUAACUCCCACAAGCGACCAAGACAAGGUCAAUGAACUGUCGCAUUCGUGAUUCUAGCUUGAAAGAAUAAUAAAACCAAGUCUUCCUAUAAAAGGAAAAAUUGUUUCGUGAAAGCUUUACGGGAACCUUACCAAAUUUAGAGACUUUCUGGCGCUGACUUAGCAACGGGGAAAAUAUGGCAACGAUGCCUGAAAGACAGAGAUAUGAGACACUUAACUAUUCAUAUCAAUGGCGGACAAAUGAAUUCAUUACUCUUACCUCCUAAAUAAAUAACUGGGGUACAAGAUCGAAAACAUACCAUAAAAUAGACGAAAAGAACCAUUGAGUACUGAAGUAUUUUCAGUAAAAGGUAUCAACUACUAAUGUUGCUUUAUGUGAUUAUGUUUUGGUUUUUCUUGCAUUGUUGGUAAUCGCUGUAUUUUUCGAUGAACGAUUCUAAAUAUUUAUGGUGUCUUAUGAAGUUCAUAUGAAGCAUCAACGACUGACGCCACUGUAAUUAGCUGGCCAAUCAGAUGUCCAUAUUGACCGUGAGCUACGAUUUGUGAUUCGCCCUUAAACCGGGAAUCCCCCCGGCUUUAAGCACCUCUAUAAAACGAAUGGACUUACAUAAACAGAACACAGUUUGAUUGAUUUCACUUGCCGACUGAAUAACAUGUCCAGAUUUGAGCAUAAGUUGUAUUUCCACGUCGCUUUGCUCGCUUUAAUUUUUGUCUUGGCCUCAGGUAAGCGAAGCUAUGUCAUUUUCAUUAUAAUCAUUCAUGAUGCUUCUAAAAGAUCCCAUCUCGAGGAGAUCCCCAUGUGACUUAAAUGAAAAUUAAAAACGACUUUCAGCAGCAGACUGACCUGAAGUGAAUUGGCCGUCCAAAGUGAAUAUUCGGUAGUCACUCUUGUGCCCUUGUUAUAAUUAUAGUAAUAAUGCGCGUAAAUUAGAGUAUGAAUUUUGUUUCUAUAGGAAUAUGGGUUGAUUUGGAUCUUGGAGUGGGAAAUGGAACAAUUCCCGACAAUAAAAUAACUGCUUCUUCAGAGCAAAGUGCCAACACACCAGCCAAGAAUGGUCGACUGAACUACUCAUCAGGAUCAUCAUGGUGUGCAGGAACAAGUGACACCAACCCAUAUCUACAAAUUGACCUACAGACACUUUAUAUCAUCUGCGCUGUGUCCACUCAAGGGAAUUCUCAAGGAGAUCAUUGGGUGAAGAACUACAAACUACAAUUAUCAAUAGAUGGUGAGAAUUGGACGGACUAUAAGGAAGGCGGAAAGUUAAGGUAUACGAUGCGUUCUUUAUUCAGAAAGUUUUCCGUAAGAACGGUAAGUUAACAUGUAAUGAGUUUUAUUAUGGCAUCAAAUCUCCAUAGCAUGCAGGAAUUCACUUCAUUGUACAAACAGAUGACAAUACACUUGAAUUGCUUGAGAUACGAAAAAAAUUCGCAAUCCUUUUUCACCGCUGGAAAGCGGGUUUUAAGUCAUUGUAUUAUAUGGCUUACAUGGUUUGCAGAAGCUGAACUCCUUUCCAAAAUUUAUCUUUCAAAGUGGCCACUCCUAAAUUUUUAUAUCGUUUGGAAACAAACGAUAGUGAAUAUUCAAGCUGAAGCUUGAGCAACUUAGAGACUGCUGUCAUCCAGAUGGGAGUAUUACAAUGUUAUUACCCUGCUGAUAUGGACCAUUUUUAUAAAAUGGCAAGCUGAAUUCUUUUUAUUUUGUGAAAGAAUGAUGAGCCUACCUUGCCUCCGGUCAUCCGCACGUUUAAAAGUUGUCUUUCAUUCAAAAAGAAGGGUGAGAUGGCUUACUUACAUUCGACAUACUAGGAAGAGUUUCAUGAUUAUUCGUCUCCUAUUUUCUUGUCAACAAGGAAUGUGCUAAUCGGAAAUGGUUAUCUUACUUUUUAAAGGUUUUACAAGGAAAUAAUGAUGGAAACUCAAGUGUUAAGCAUGUUGUUUAUGGAGUGUUAUCAAGAAAUUUGCGUUUCCUGCCACAAAAUCACCAGGGCAGGGUGUGUAUGAGAACAGAGGUGUUUGGAGCGAAACAAAAACCAAGUGAGUAUGGAAGUAAUCCGUAAUGAUGCAUGUAUAUUAUCAGACAUCCCCUUAAAUUGAAGGCCAGUCUAAGGUACUCUGCUUAUCUUGAAACAAGUUUUUUAAAUCCGCUGGCUGUGUUAUUUUGGUGACGUAUUCUUGUAACUUGGAUUCAAGUGGCUAAAAUAAGACACACCUCUGUUCAUGAACUUAUCAAAAACACCAAGCCACUCAUGAAAACCUUUUAUACUUAGGCUCAAUGUUGAAUUCUGUGUCUAUACUCACCUGGGAAACUUGAUUCGCUUAGAAUAGUUGAUACGAGAUUUCACUGAGUUUAAAUCUAUUGUUAGUGCUCAAACUCCAUUUUGAACUUAAAACUUAAAUCUUAGUUUGCAUCUUGAAUUAACUUUUGGUUUUAGUGUUUGACAGUAUGUUGGUUUUUCUAUGUAAGGUACAUAUAGCAUCUUCCUUGCUUGUGCCAUUGCAUUGUCUUGCAUUGUGGUUGUGUUGCUCAUUAUAAUUUGUGGACUGAUAUGGCAUCGGAGACGAGCUGUUCCUAGUAAAAGAAAAAAGCCUGAAGAGGAAGCUGGCGUCGAUGGCUUCGACCGCUCACGUGAUAAACAGCAACGUGAUCAACUUGCUUCAGAUCCUUGUUCAUAUGCGGAACCUAAACCCACGCCUCCGAACGGACAGUGUCAUGUACCUAAUGAGUACGAGUCCUUUGAGAAGGAAGCGGGGACCGCUGCCUAUUACAAUGUGACAAUUCACGAAGAAAGCAAUGAGAAACAAAAUGAAGAAGUUUAUGAGGAAAUAAGUCAAUUCUACAACUGAUUUUUUUCAUAUUAACAUAGUAGGAGAUAAUAAUAUUUUCGAGCGAUCAAAUAUUUCAGAUACUAGAGUAUGGAUGGAACAAUACGCUUGGGAAAGAUUGUAAUUGAGUAAUUAAAGGUCAUAUAAGGAAUAACAAUUAUAACUAAGUGACGAAAAUGUACAUAAGGAACAAAAUAGUUGUAGAUUGUGGAAUAAAAUUUUUUGAUAAGUUGUGUUUGACCCUGACUCACCGUCUCAGUUUUUUUUAAAAAUUUUUUCCAAUAUUAUUUUUUCUCUGUUCACUUUUCAUGAAAUAGCAUUUCACUUUGAUUUCAAAAACUUGACAUCAACCACAAAACUGCAUUCAUUCAAUGUAUUGUUUGCUUCGCAGCUUCACCUGAUAAAUAUUCACCGUCCAUCAACUUAUCAUGUUUUAACAAUGUCCAGCGCUGAGUACGCAGGAUAUUGACUUCAUUUUCUUAGAUAUGGAACUUCGCAAGACCGGGGAGGGGUAAAAUGUUCUCCAUGGCCAUCCUUCCCUUCGUAGCAUUUCAAUUUUUAAAGGCACCUUUUUAAAAGUCUCUUGUUAAGAACUCUCUUGCUGCUUAAUAACUAAUUCAGCGAGCUAGUAAGACAUUAAAAAAUUAUUGUACCGAAAAGAAGAGAACAUUGCUUCUAUAAAUAUAAGUUUGUACCGUUAAAAUAAAAACAUUUACUUAAAUCAUUAAUUGCACAUAUGGAGACGUGGAAGAGUUUUCUCGCAAAAGUUUAAUUUGAUAGCCUCGUUAAAUUUUAACUGCUCUCCCCUGUGUAUAAGAACAUGUUUCCUGACGCUUCAACACACUUCUUAGUGGCAAAGAAGCCACAUCAACGUAAGCUGCUUAUGAAAACAAACUGCUUCGAGCUUUAAACAGAAACUCGGCUGAAUUAUGCGGAAAUAUGAAUUACAGCGCAAGCUUGCUGGGAAGUAUCAAUUAAUUCUUCCUCAGUCAUUCGCUGCCAUCUUGUUUAAUACGGAACAAUAAUACCUGAACUGGGACUAUGCUUGUUUCGCUGCCACCACGGACGACACUGCUAUGCUAAGACGAAGUAAGAUAUGGAGUGAACAAAGACAUCUUUCUUCCGAUGAACUCUCUGUUCUAAACGGCUAGUCAAGCAAAACAAUCGUGAUAGCAUUCCGUGACAUCCUCGAAUAGGCACCCCCUCCCCCUCCCUCCUUCCUUUCUUUCUUAGUUAAAUGGUAGGCAUACGAGAAAAACCUGUUUCUAUUGCAACUUUACCGAUAACUUUUAAAACUUCAAUUACGGCUGAUUCUGUACAGCCCCUCGAUUAAGCGCUUUUCUUCCAAUAACCGCCCUUCCUUGAAGCUGUACCUGGGGUAAUCAUGAUUUAUUUCCUUGAUUGUUUUCUCAUUCUUUUACGGUAUCAUGUUUCAUUACCUUGUUUUGUUGUUUGUUUAUUUUUGUUUUUGAGUGGUAUGCAGGAUAUAUCAACUGUGCUGUGUAGCGAGAUCUGUAGGAGUCCAUUAUGCAGAGUGAUUCGACUUUACGUUUUACUUGCAAACCAACACUUUUUCUCCUUUUUUACAUUUGACGGGGUACUUUAUUAUCUUAGACAUAGGACUUUGCAUGCGCGUUUGAUGCGAGCAGCACCGCCGUAGGAAACCACGCGUAUGACUUUUUAAACCGAACUUUUUACCUUAUAUGGAGAAUAUCGAGCAGGACUCAAUUGUUCGAGAGGUAGAUAAUAUUAUCCAGUGGAUAAGUCUCUAUUUGGUAAAUAGCGAAUUACGUUUUGUUAUCACUUAUCCACUGGAUGGCGGUUUAUUUGUUAAGAUGGAGUUAUCCGCCCUUUAUUAUGACUUUAAUAGGACUAUCCUUUAGCUUGUAACACUUCAAGAUAUUGCAUUAGUCCUUAAGUCUGACUGUUCAUCCCGUUCCCGCCUUUAAAAUCACCAGUUAGUCAUAGAAUACCAAGCUAGAUCCAGUUUUUCAGUUGUUUUAGUACUACUUGUACCAAAGCAGUACUAGUAUUGCUUGCUAAGUAUUGUCACGGAAGUACACGAAUUCAGAAUAAUUGAUGGCCAAAAAAUUUGAGCUGGUUAUAAAAACAAUCUCUUAAAUCGCUGGAGCUAUGAACUGAAAGAUGCUGAAAUAUGAGCUACAGACUACGGCAUUCUGGGAAAUAUGAACAAACGUAAAUACUCGGCCAACGAAGUGACAGAUUGUUUUGCUUGAACUGCGGACGAUAUUGCCACAAAUCAAACAAAGCCAAGUUUAAAGAGUGAGGAAACAAAGACAUCUCUUUUCGGAUAAGAUUCCUGUCACAAAAGACCGGUCAAGCAAAACGAUCGUGAUACACGCAUACCGUGACAAACUCAAUCGAAACACAUGGCGCAAUUUUAUCUUUGUUUCCGGGUAGCUUUUCUCGCUGUAUUUCUUCCGUUGACCUCAGGUGAGCACUAUAUCAUUUCAGUUCUAUAAGAAAGGUUUAUUUUUAUUUUUUUUUUACAAUUUACAUUCAGAUUUCUUUCAGUUUUGAGUUCUGUAGCCUCAGGCUUUCUCUCACGGUCGCGGCUUAAUUGUCAAUGCAGAUAGGAUCUAUCGGAAUUCGCCUAUUUAUUUAUUUACUCUUUAAAUAUCAUCUUUAAACGAAUGGUACAUUUUUAAUCUAUCCACUUUAUAUCAAGCUCAAUUUGGAAGCAUGGAGAAAUAAACAAAAGUGAAAUUAAACCAUAAAUUAUUCAGCAAAUAGAAAGACGGUUCUGAAUCUGUCAUGAUUAAACGAAACUACAGGGUCGUGACAUUUGUUUCAAUUUCAGGUGAAAUAACUUUUUGGAAAUUAAUUUCUGAUAUACAAUUCAGUGGAAACAUUUCCGUUUAUUCUAAAACAAAGCUAGAGAGACUUCCAUCAACGGCGGUACUAUUCUAAAACAAAUCUGGAGAAAUUUCCAUCAACGGCGGUGUGACGCUUGCGACGAAAGAGGAAACUUCGAGGGGUGUCGCUAUGCGUGUUUUCUAAGUGUCGCUGAUGUGGGGACUAUUUUACCGGUCGUAAUGAAACCACGAAAACCAAGAUGACUAUCAACGGUGUUUAUUUAGAUCACGGUCACGAUCACGAUCGUAAACUGAAAUUGCAAUAAUAUUAUAACGAAAGCAUGAAUCUCCUUGAAUUGGUGCGAAAGGCAUGAAAGAAACGCUUUACGUGCCUAUGUCGAUAACGCGAUUAAAAUAACAACAAUUAACGUGAAUUAACAUAAACAAAUCAUAAAAGGCUAAAUUAAAACUACUCGAGAUUCAAAGAUCGGCUACACGAUGACCAUUUGCGGCUGAUUAACAGCCCAAAGACUAAAAUGUGGGCGUUACUGUGUGAGCGUCUAGUUAUUUCAAAAUACUCCUUUGAUUUCAAGAUAAUUAGUUGUACUGUUGUACAACACAGUACAUAUGUGCGCUAUCGCCCAAGGUGAAAAACUAAAUUUAAACAUAUUGAAAUAAAACUAACAAAAUCACUUACAUAUCGGUCCCGCUUGUGCCAAAGGUUUGGAACGAAAGAACGAAGUUGCUGCUGUUCAAGGCGAAAUCUUGCGAAACUCUGGCUUAUAGGGACGCUAAUUUAGCUUUUAUAUGCGCGUGGUGACGCUAAAAGAUCCGAUUACAAACCAAUAGGGAAAAGAUAAACAUUGUAACUACGAUCGUAACUAGGCACACAAAUUAAAGUAAUUGACAAUUGAUCUAAUAAAAAAAAGCUGUUCUUUUGUUCGAUAUCCUUAACAGGCGGUACUAUCCUAAAACAAAGCUAGAGAAAUUUCCAUCAACGGCGGUACUAUUCGUAAACAAAGAUAGUUCCUGAGAUAGUCUAUAGUUUUUGACAUUGUUUCUUUCAUCAAAGAACUCUAAAGAACUGUAUUUUUAAUGAAGUAUGGAUGAAUCAUAGUGGAUUAUGCCAAUAAUUGGCAAUUUCCAGCAUAAAUCAGUUAACUCAGCUAGGGCAGUUGGAUCGAUCUGCCUGUACGUUCCUGUCUACCAGAAACUGUGCAUCUACACCAAAAGUGUACUUCUCUUUGCUCUAAGGACAGUAUAAAAACCCAAUUUUCUCGUAAGUUUAACAUGACAGUUUAUCUACUUUUCUUAAAAAGUUGCUUCAAUUACCCUUCAGUGCACCACAACAGUUUCUCUAGAAACUAAAAUCUUUCCUUAUUUUCUCUAAGAUGGACAUCUUCAGAAAUGACAUCCAAGGUAUUUCCAUGCUGCAAUUUGAUCAGAUCCACAGGCAUGACUAGUCAACAGUCCUAUUACACAGUCCAAUUACAAGCAUGACAUGUACACUGUCCUAUAAGUGCUCAAAUACAGCUGGUAAAAACCAAUCACAUGUGAAAAUGUUGUUAUAGUUUUGAUUGAUAUUUUUGUAAUUAGGCCAGUCCUAACUGUUACUAUCUGUGACAUGGACCUUUUAUUAGAGGUAUUCAGUAGAUAGAUCAAAGGAUUCAUGUACUUCUCACAUUCCACCAUUAUGCUCAUGACAAUAAUUACCAAGACUUUGCCAUGAUGCAAAGGUAAAUUUUGUUUCUGUAGGGGCCUGUGUUGAUUUAGAUCUUGGAAUGGGAAGUGGAGCAAUCUCAGACAGUGAGAUAGCUGCCUCCUCUGAACAGAGUGCCAACACACCAGCCAGGAAUGGUCGAUUGAACUUUACAUCAGGGUCAUCAUGGUGCGCAGGAACAAAUGACACUAACCCAUACCUACAGAUUGAUCUAAGGACACUUCAUAUCAUCUGUGCUGUGUCCACCCAAGGGAAUUCUCAAGCAGAUCAGUGGGUGAAGGCCUACACCCUACAAUUAUCCACAGAUGGGAUAACUUGGACAGACUAUAAGGAAUUAGGUGGACAGGCUAAGGUAUGCCACAUGGGCUGGUUGAGAAUUAUAUUAUAUCUUUUCUCAAUCAGUGUCCCUGAGUUUUGAUGAUAUGGACAAAUUUAUAAUUAAUUGCAUGGCCACUAAAGGAGUUAUAGGUAUGCAGAUGAUUAUUUGUUUGUUGAUUAUUGUUUGUUGAUUAUUGAUUCAUUUAUUUGAUUUUUUGUUCAAAAAGUAUUCUCCUCAUGCUCAGCAAAUAUCAUAAAUUUUGAGUAAAUAUUUUUCAUUCAUCAAAUUAUAUUUUGCAUGCCCAAAUUGGUGGUCAAAGCUGCAGAAAGAGUACCAAGUAGAAUUAUACUGGGAAUCUAACAAAUUGUUUUGAACUAUGUCAUUCAAACAAAUAUUUAUGGUGUGAAAUAGCUUGUCAAAGGAGUGCUGAACAAAUGAUGUAGAAAUUAGAUAGAGUUCACCUUUGAGGGUCAGUGUGCUAUUUUUUAUAAUCCAGUAGUCAAAUUAUGAUCUAUUUAUAUAUGCUUAGUAACACUGCCCAUAUUGACCUCUUCCAAAAAUGUUGGGCCUUAUUCCUACACCUACAUUAUAUCUUUUUCUGUUUGUAUGAAGAUUAAUUUAGCCACCUUGCCCAAAUUUUUUGACAACAAUAAAUUAAAGUAUUUCCUGUCAUGAAACAAGAGGUAAAGUAAUGAUGAUUACUUUCACCAGGAUGAAGAGUUACAAUUAAAGUUACCUUGCACUAUCUUUGUGGAACUGACUAUGAUGAGCUCUGAUUAUUUUUCUAAGGUUUUAGAGGGAAACAAGGAUAUAAACUCAAGUGUCAAGCAUGUUCUAUAUCAAGUGUUAACAAGAUAUUUACGAUUCCUGCCACAAACACACCAAGGUGAGGUGUGUAUGAGAACAGAGGUGUUUGGGGUGCAACAGAAGCCAGGUAAGUGUAAAAAUUUUUGUGUGAUGUGAUCCUUGCAUUUGUUAAUCUAUGAACAAAAGGUCCAAGCCUAGUGGUUUUGUUACUUUGUUUAUAAUUGUUAUUUGGAUAAGUAGCUGUAAAGAUACAAACCACUCUUUGAGCACCUGAGGAAAACAACCCAGCCAUUGUGACAAGCUUCUUAUGCUUAUCCAGGUGACAGGAUGUACCAAUUUCUACUUCAUAUAUGGUGAUGGAUAGUUUUAUUGUCUAGGCCAGUAGGGUUAUGAGCCAAGGAUUACAAGAAAAAAAAUUCCAAUUUGCCACAAACUUUCCUUGAUAAUAUUGCAUGUGUGCAUGGAUUUCUUCAACUUUAGAAAAGUUAGGGAUCAAUUCUAGGAAAUUUAAGCAGCAAAGCCCAUAAGUUCAUGCAAGCUGUUUGGCUUCAUGACUAUUUUUCCAUGACUAUUUUUUUUAAUAUCCUUCAGAUUUCUUCAAAGUGUAUUCAAUUAAUUACACUGAAAAACAUGCAUGUAAUAUGGUAAGAUGUGGAGGUUAACUUUAAAAUUGUUACAUUGCAGCAUGUGAUUCACAGGCAAUUGGUUUGGCCAGCAGUGGUAGAAUUCCAGAUGACAGCUUCUCAGCCAGUUCAAUAUUUAAAGCCAUAUAUGCAGCUAAAUAUGGUCGUCUUAAUGGAAGAAGGGCAUGGGAACCUAAGACGACUACUGAUCCUGAUGAGUACCUACAAAUUGACCUUCUCUAUGAGUAUGUUAUCUGUGCUGUUGCUACUCAAGGAAAUCCACCAACCCAAUCACCAACUGCUCAAGAAUGGACCACAGAGUACAAACUAAGAUUUUCUUUGAAUGGUACCACUUUUUUCACUUAUAAAGAAAAUAAAAUUGACAAGGUUGGUAUGUCAUGCUCUCAUAUACAAGUAUUCAUAACAGCCAAAAUUAAUACUUGUGGUACAAAACUAAAGCUGCCCACAAGAACAACAAAUUUGCUCAUACAUGUCAUAGAAUAUUAACAAUAUUCACCAAUGCUAACAUUUCCAACAAUAUACUAAUGUUGCUUACAAACAUCACCUUCAAGAAUAAAUAGUGACACUUUCUCACCAAUUCCAUGUACAUGUAAGAUCAAUAUGGAGUACACACACAAAAAAGCAUGUAGUCUAUUAGUUAAAUGUUCAUUUUCAGUGAUAUGAGUGUAAAAAGAUGCAGCAAAUACUGACCAAUUCUAACUGUUUAUAGCCAUAUCAAAAAAUGCCAUAAAAUUUAAAGAUGGUAAAUGAAAUGGUCCUUAUCUCUCUGACAGUUGUUAUUUAACUUGUGGCAUUCCUCAAGGCACAAUCCCUGGUCCUCUUCUAAUGACUUGCUGAAGUAUCUCAAGCUCUUUUGUUUUCAACCUAGGAUGUAUGCACUUAACCUACAGAUAGCAGAUUUCCAUUCUGCACAUUGCAGAUUCUCAUUUUGAGUUUUUUUUUCACAAAUUACAGAUUUUUAUUUUGCAAAUUGAAGAUUCUAAUUUUAUCUUAUCUCACAAAUUACAGUAAAUCAUUAACUAUGCCAAGUUUCAAUACAUCAAUAUCACAUUUUAUAUAACAGGCCUUUCCAGGAAAUUCAGGAAAAACUGACACAGUGAAAAACAGUCUAAAGGAAUUUGCAAGUGCAAAGUUUAUACGCUUUCUGCCAACAAGGUAUAAUAGGUUCAAGGCUCUGAGAGUGGAGGCUUAUGGAAUACUUUUCUCAAAAGGUAUUUAUUUGUUCUCAUUUUUGUCCCUCUGAUUCAAAAUGAAGUCACAAUAACUAAUUAUUAGGAGAAAUUAAGGCAAGAUUGGCAAUUUUUUAGAACUGAGGUAAAUUUAAAUACUCGCUGAUACUUAUUUAUUGUCUUUUGGUUUAAUGAGAAUGAUGAAAGUAUACACUAUGUGAUUUUAGAGCUGAGCAUUAGACAAUUGAACAAUCAUCUCCUACAGAACUGAAGAGCAUGACAAAGUUUGACUUGUUGUUUAUUGGAUCGUUGAUUUGAGUUUUAUUUGUUAAUUUUGUUGUUGUUUUUUGUAUUGAUAAAAAAUUGAGACAAUUAUUAAACUCCCUUUGGAAGGAAUUAAGAUGAAGUGCGAGAAGAGGUAACUGAAGGUGGUAAACAUUCCUUAAUUUUGGUCCAUGGUAUAGUAUAGUAUAGUGAACUUUUCAAUGUUCAUUUUACAGAUACAGUGUAGGUUGAAGGAGAGCUGAGGAUCUAGUGUCAUGAUUAUGACUGUGAGGACUUCUCUAAAAUAAAAUUAAGGAAAGGCAAAUUUAAGUAAUGAUGGCAGCUACACAAAAACAUAAAUUUUUGCAAUUUUUGUAAAGGAAUGACAUGUCUUUGAUAUGUUUAUUUCAGUUCCAUCACAGCCUCCUACUGCCUUCAAGCUGACUGCAACAUCUUCUACCAGCAUUGCAGCUUCCUGGCAGUUACCUCCAGUCUAUGCCAGACAUGCGACUAUUAAAGGGUUUAAACUUUUUUACACAGAGAAAGGUUCUGGUGUGUCAGUGACAAACUUGACUAUAAGUGGGGAAACGACAUUCAGUAGAAAUGUCACAGGGUUUAAUGAGUACACAGAAUAUGCAUUUCAAGUGCUGGCUUUUACUUCUGAUGGUGAUGGACCAAAGAGUUCUGUUGAGGUGGAAAGGACAAUGGAAGAUGGUAUGUGACAGAUUAGGAACAAUGAUAAUCUAAUUGCUGUAUUUAUAGUUUGUUAAACAGUAUGUUCAUCAAGAGUGUGCUGGUAAAUUGGUGACCAAAAGAAUGCAUAAGCAUGCAGUUAUUUUUGUGUGAAUCAAUGUAUAUUUUCUCAAAAAUUUGAAAACUUACAGCAAUGAUGUUGAAGUGGCAAGUAGAGAAUUGAGAUACUUCAGCCAUUAGAAAUUUUUACAAAUGAUUAAAGUGAUCAAAACACAGUUACCAUGAGUAGACAAGUGGGACAACGUGUCUUCUAAGUAAUUGAUCAUCUUUCUUCUGAAGUUGAACUCUUCAUUGUUGAUAUGUCAACUCGUGUCACACUCAUUUUUCUAGUCCUUUUAAGUAUUAUAUUGAACCAAAUGAAAUUAAAAAGGGGUUUCUUUUCUUCUGGUAAUGUGAAGUGUCAUAGGCAUUGAUAAAAUUUUUAUUAGGUUGGAAUUUUUGUGAAGUUAAUUUGAAGGAAAAGUUUGGAAGUAGGGAAAACAAGUACAAAUGAAUAACAUGCUUUUGUUGAAUUAAUUACCUCUUGCAAUCAAACGUGUGUAAUUUUUUUAUGUGCACAACUCUAUACAUGAUUACAUAUGUAACUUACUCAAAGUGGAAAGAUUUGUUUCCAUAACAUUUACAUUAAUUGGUUAUGUAGAACUGUAAAACAUCCUGAAUAUGGAAGUAAUCUUUGCAGUAAUGAACACCACUUAAGCAGUAGUGAAUUUAAGGCCUGGAAAAAAUUCAGGCCUGUCUGUACUGGUGCAGUGCUCUACCAACUGAGCCAAGAAGCCAACUGGGAGCUGGUCAUUACUGGUAUGAUAGCAUGAUGGUUACAUGGCCUUAAUUACCGGGUAUUUCCUCCACUGCUUUAGUAGUGUUCAUUACCACAAAUAUUGCUUCCAUAUUCAUUUCUUAAUCCACAUUUCACAUAUAUGAUUUUCAUUUAUUUACAGUCAUUUGUAAAACAACCUGUUUGGUCUACUAUGACCUAAAAGCAUGAAUUAACAUUAAGGUUGCAAUGUUCUAGGAAAGGUUUACAAGUUUGGUUAAUCAGGAGAGUGCUAGCUGGUCAAGUUGUGGGCACAUGCAAACUUUGAUAUUAUUGUCAUUUUAUUACCUUAAUCAUGAAAACAUUGCACAGAAGAAAUUCCUGAAUACCAUUGUUGAGAGUUUUACCCUCUUAAACCCUUCCACAUGUACAUGAAUGAUUACAUUGGGCGGUUGUGAUUUUAUGUUUUUUGCAUUUUUUCAAUGUGUAGGAGGUUGUGUUGAGUUUUAUCUUGGAAUGGAAAAUGGAGCAAUUCCAGACAAUAAAUUAACUGCUUCUACUGAACAAAGUGCCAACACACCAGCCAAGAAUGGUCGAGUGAACUAUGCAUCCGGAUCAUCAUGGUGUGCAAGAACAAGUGACACCAACCCAUAUCUACAGAUUGAUCUUCAGACACUUCAUAUCAUCUGUGCUGUGUCCACCCAAGGGAAUUCUCAAGCAGAUCAGUGGGUGAAGACCUACACUCUACAAUUAUCCACAGAUGAGAAAGUUUGGACAGACUAUAAGGAAUUAGGUGGAAAGGUUAAGGUAUGCCACAUGGGUUGGUUGAGAAUUAUAUGAUAUUUUGUCUCAAUCACUGUUCUGAGUUUUGAUAAUAUUGAUACAUUCAUAUCAAAUUUGCUACCAAAGGAGUUAUAGGUAUGCAGAGGAUUAUUUGUUUAAUAAAAAUUCAACAAGUACUCUCCUUAUGCUUGGCAAAUAUCAUGAAUUUUGAGAAACUAUUGUUUCAUUUAGCAAAUGAUAUUUCGCAUGCCUGAAUUUGCCAUCAAGGUUGCAGAAAGAGUAUUAGAGGGAAAUGGACAAUUAAUCUAACAAAUUGUUUUGAGCUACAUUAUUCCACAAAAUAUUUAUGGUGUGAAAUAGCUUGUCAAAGUAGUGCAGAACCAAUGAUUUCUAAUUACUGAGAGAUUGCUGCCCUUAGUCCAACAAGUAACAAAAUUGUUUUCAUGGGUAAACUGCAAUUGUAAAAAUUAGAUAGACUUUUGAGGGUCAGUGUGCAAUUUUUUAGAAUUCAGUGGUCAAAUUAUGAUUUAUUCAUGUAUGCCUUGUAACAUUGUCCAUAUGGACCUCUUCCAUAAAUGUUGGGCCUUAUUCCUACACCUACAUCUAUAUUUUUCUGUUUGUAUAAAGAUUAAUUAAGCUGCCUAGCUUACCAUUUUGAUAACAAUAAAUUAAAGUAUUUCCUGUCAUAAAACAAGGGGUAAAGUAACGAUGAUUACUUUCACCAGGAUGGAGAGUUACAAUUAUAGUUACAUUGUAGAAUCUACAUGGAACUCUAUGAUGAGCUCUGACUAUUUUCCUAAGGUUUUAGAGGGAAACAAGGAUAGAAACUCCAAUGUCAAACAUGUUCUAUAUGGAGUGUUAACAAGAUAUUUGCGAUUCCUACCGCAAGCACACCAGGGUGAGGUGUGUAUGAGAACAGAUGUGUUUGGGGUGCAACAGAAGCCAAGUAAUGUUUGAAAGCUAAAUGUGUGAUAUGAUCCUUGUAUUUGCUAAUCUAUGAACAAAGGGUCCAAACCUAGUGAUUUGGUUAUUUUGUUAAUAAUUGUUAUUGUUAAAUAGCUUUAAUGGUCCAAACCACUCUUUGAGCGCUCAAGGAAAACAACCCAGCCAUUGUGAUAAGCUUCCUAUGUGUAUCCAGGUGACAGGAUGCACCAAUUUCUGCUUUAUAUAAGGUGGUAGAUAGUUUUAUUUCUGGGGCCUGUAGGGUUAUGAGCUAAGGAUUGCAAGAAAAAUUCCAAUUUGCCACAAACUUUCCUUGAUAAUAUUGCAUGAGUGCAUAGACUUCCUCAAAGUCAGAAUAGUUAGAGAUUGAUUCUGGGCAAUAUUAGCAGCACAGCCAACAACUUCAGCUGUUUGGCUUCAUGACUAUUUUUCCAUGACUAUUUUUCUGAAUUUUUGUAAUAAUGUCUUACAGAUUGUUUAGAAGUGCAUUAAAUUAAUUACACUGAAAAACAUGUAUGUAAUAUGGUAGGGUGCAAAGGUUAACUUUAAAAUUGUUACAUUCCAGGAUGUGAUUCACAGGCAAUUGGUUUGGCCAGUGGUGGUAGAAUUCCAGAUGACAGCUUCUCAGCCAGUUCAAUAUGGAGUCCAAAAUAUAAAGCUAAAUAUGGUCGUCUUAAUGGACCAGGGGCAUGGGAAUCUAAGACUAAUAAUCCUGAUGAGUACUUACAAAAUUGA